CACACGCCAUGUCCUGCAGCAUGACCACUCCAUACCCCCAGGUGUUCAUGGUGGACAACAACAGAGAUCCUCCCUCCUCGGUCCAUCCUCCAGACCUGGUCCCCUGUUGGAUGUUCCCCCCGGCCCAGGAGAGGGUGAGGAGACGGAGGGAGAAGGGCUGGCCCUGCCAGGGGGGCCUGCUGCUGGCUGUGCUGUUUGUCCUGCUGCUGGUGUUUGCAGCUCUGGGACUGGGGGCCUUGCAGAUCCACAGGCUGCAGAUGGAACUUGCUACGGUGCAACAGGAAAUAUCUACACAAAAUGGGGGGCCUGUGCUACAGAAGCAAGUUGGUCUCCAGGAAGCAGAACGAGCUAGAGAAGAGACUGAUGAAAGACCUGCAGCCCAUGUCAUUGCAGGGUCUAAGCAAGAUGGAUCACAGAAGACUCUGCGCUGGGAGCCCCAGGCGGGUCGGGCUUUCACCAUGGGAGGAGUGGUGUAUCGAGCAGGGGAACUGCAGGUGAACCACACCGGACUGUACCAAGUCUACUCACGGGUGGAGUACUUCAUCAAGGACUGCUCUCCCACGGAUUGGGUGGUCCACACUGUUCUCCUGAAGAGGCCAGGGCACUCCAAAGACCUGGUUCUGAUGCAGGCCCACAGGGCGGGAUACUGUCGCUCCAGCAGAGACCGGCAGCUGUGGUCGUCCGGUAGUCACCUGGGCUCGGUUCAUCAGCUCCAGAGGGACGACAGGAUCUACGUGAACGUGUCCAGACCGGACAUGAUCAGUCAUAACCACAACGGCAACUUCUUCGGGCUUUACAAAAUCUAAAAGGGGCCCCUUAAAAAGCACAAGCUUUUAUUUAUUUGUGAAAGAGGCUGGGCUGUGUGCUGACAUGCAUGGGACGUCCAGAAACACUAAGUCAGAAGGCAGUAGAACUAACAGGCAGCAUGGGUAUUUAUUCUGAUAAGGGAGUGUGGGGGUGCCCAGUACAUGGGCUGAAUGUACUUUUCAUGGAUAACUGUUACUUCAGAUUCAUGUUUGUCAUGAUGUAUUGGCUGAUAAAGGAAUGUGAUAAACGUGCAGA